GUGACAACGAUAUUCAGCCACCGGUCUAAGAAAGGAAAAAACUUCCAACCACCAGAUAUUGGUAUAUUUGAGAAAUGGCAAACAUUCGAUGAAACUCCUUUGCUAAAGGAACAGUUUACUAGUGAUUAUUGUAUCGCAAGUAUUGUUUAUAGAGAAGGGGAUAUUGUAACUACUGAAGUUGCUAUGUCACGUGGAGAAAAAAAUCAAGAAGUGGAAACGAAAGAUGUACAAAAUUUUUGA